AUGGAGAUCAUGAGAGAUCACUUUCACUGGCCACACAUGAGACGUGGUGUUGAGAGGAUCUGUGGUAGGUGUACUACUUGUAAGCAAGCCAAAUCUAAGGUUCAGCCCAACGGUUUGUAUAUUCCUUUGCCUAUUCCUACUCACCCCUGGAUUGAUAUUUCUAUGGAUUUUGUGAUGGGAUUGCCUAGGACUAGGACUGGAAGGGAUUCUAUCUUUGUUGUGGUUGAUAGGUUUUCGAAAAUGGCUCAUUUCAUUGCAUUUCACAAAACUGAUGAUGCAUCACAUGUAGCUAAUUUGUUCUUUAAAGAGAUAGUUCGCUUGCAUGGAAUGCCUAGGUCUAUAGUUUCGGAUAGAGACACUAAGUUCCUUAGAUAUUUCUGGAAGACUCUUUGGUCCAAGCUGGGAACUAAGCUUUUAUUCUCUACUACAUGUCAUCCGCAAACUGAUGGUCAAACUGAUGUGGUUAAUAGAACCCUAGGUACUCUCUUGCGUGCAUUAAUCAAAAAGAAUCUGAGAACUUGGGAAGAAUGUCUGCCUCAUAUUGAAUUUGCAUACAAUCAUGCUGUGCAUUCUGCUUCUAAGUAUUCUCCAUUUCAAAUUGUUUAUGGGUUCAAUCCCCUGUCUCCUUUGGAUCUAAUGCGUUUACCUGUGAGUGAAAGGGUUAGUAUUGAUGGGAAAAAGAAGGCAGAGCUUGUUCAGCAGAUCCAUGAGAAUGCCACGAGGAACAUAGAGGAGAAAACAAAGCUCUAUGCUAAGCAAGCUAACAAAGGGAGACGUCAGGUGGUUUUUAACAUUGGAGAUCAAGUCUGGGUUCACUUGAGAAAGGAGAGGUUCCCAACUGAAAUAAAAUCCAAGCUUAUGCCCAGAAUCGAUGAUGACUUGGAUUUGAGGUCAAAUACUUUUCAAGAGGGAGGGGAUGAUAUGAUCCUGGAUAGCACUAAGGAUGAGGAGCAUGAACCUGAGCUUGAACCAGAGCUUGUAGCUGAGGAGGAGCAUGAACCAGAGCUUGAGCAGGAGCUUGUAGCUGAAUAA